GGACACACUGCCAUUGCCAACUGGGAACUGUGUCUCCAUUUUUACAUCUUUUAGGUUUUAAAGAAGCCCUCAGAGAAAGAAAAAGUGAUCAUGGUGGUGGGAAUAUCUCUUCUCCCAAUAGCACUAGCCAUCUUCAUAGGACUAGCUCUGUCAUUCCUCCUCCAUUUUCUAAAGCUCUUCUCCUCCUUUGUUAAACAAGAAGGUCCAUCAAACAUACCCAGUGGAAGCAUGGGGUGGCCCUUCAUUGGAGAGACCCUUGGCUAUCUCAUCCCACACAAAUCAAACUCCAUGGGAAGCUAUUUAGAAAGCCAUUGCUCUAGGUAUGGGAGGGUGUUCAAAUCUCAUCUAUUUGGCCACCCAACAAUAGUUUCUUGUGAUCAUGAGCUCAACCUAUUCAUUCUUCACAAUGAAGGGAAUCUAUUCCAGAGCAGCUACCCAAAGCCAGUUCUUGACAUACUCGGGAAGCUAUCGAUGAUGCUCGUUCACGGAGACCUCCACAAGAAGCUGAGAAGUGUUGCUGUGGGCUUCAUUGGUGAAUCUAGAUCCAGGCCUGACUUCCUUCUCUAUGUGGAGAAGUUGUCAAUCUCAGCCAUGGAGUCAUUGAGAGAACAUAGACAAGUUGGAUUCUACAAAGAAGCUAAAAAGUUUACAAUGUAUGUGAUGUUGAAAUAUGUGUUGGAUGUUGAGCCAGAGGACCCACUUGCUCCAAAAAUAUUACAAGACUUCCUUACUUUCAUGAAAGGCUUUGUGUCCAUCCCACUGUAUGUCCCUGGCUCACCUUAUGCUAAGGCUGUCAAGGCUAGAGCAAGGCUAUCUUCCACUUUGGGGCAGAUCAUAAAAGAAAGGGAAAAGAAGGGCACAGUGGGGAUCAAGAAAGGAGAUUUCAUAGAUGAGAUGUUGCAGAAAGGGAACUUAAAUGAUGAAGAGAAAGUGAGUGUUGCAAUUGAUAUUCUGCUAGCAGGUUAUGAAACAACCUCUGGACUUUUGGCCUUGGUUGUUUACUUCAUUGCACAGUCACCAUCUGUUCUCCAUCAGUUGAAGGAAGAACACCAAGCUCUGAGGAGAAGAAAAAAGGAUGGAGAGCCCUUAAGUUUGGGAGAUUACAAGCAAAUGGAGUACACCUCCAAUGUGAUUUCUGAAUCUCUUCGAUGCGGGAAUUUAGUUAAAUUUUUGCACAGGAAAGCUCUUCAAGAUGUCAAAUUCAAAGAAUACAUUAUUCCUCAAGGAUGGCAGGUGCUUCCUAUACUGACUGCAGCCCACCUUGACCAAUCCCUUCAUCAAAACCCCUCUGAAUUUGAUCCUUCCAGAUGGGCUGAUCGAGCCAUUAGCAAGAAAGUGUCCCCUUUUGGUGGUGGAUUGCGGCUGUGUCCGGGGACUGAUAUUGCUAGACUGGAGACCUCAAUUUUCCUUCACCAUCUUGUCCUCAAUUAUAGGUGGAAAACGAAAGAUGAUGAAUCCCCAAUGUCUUACCCUUAUCUGGAUUUUAAGAGGGAUCUGCAGCUAGAGAUAGAGCCAGCAGAGAACAGAAUGUGAAGCAAAAAAAAUUCACAAUUUUAAGGGUCAACCUAUAUUUAUUUAGUUCAUCAAUCUAUACUGUAUAGUUUUGCAUAAUGUAGUCUACAGAACUUGCAUCUUACUGAAGGGUCAUUGAUCACAAAUAAUGUUGGCCCGGACAUUUGAGUUAUAAAAAAAAGAGUUAGGCUCCGUUUCGG